AUGGCUUCUCAAUCAGAACCGUAAAUUAUAAAAAGGGAUUAUGUUUUCAAAGUAAUUAUAGUUGGCGACUCCUUUGUAGGUAAAACCUGCACUUUAAUUCAGCGUUCUGAAAGAUACUUUAAAAAAGAUUAUUCAGCAACUAUAGGCCUAGAUUUCAGAGCCACAGAUAUUAUUAUAGGAAAUUCUAAAGUAAAGCUUCAAAUAGUAAAGCCAACAUAGUGGGACACAGCAGGCCAAGAAAGAUUUAGAGCUUUUGUUAAAGUGUAUUAUAGAGACUCUGACGGAAUUUGCAUUAUGUUCGAUAAAAGCAGCAGAGAAUCCUUUGAUCAUGUGGAUGGAUGAAUUAAAGAUAUUGAUAAAGAGGUAGAAAAUAAAAAUCAAAUAAGAAUACUUGUAGGAAAUAAAGCAGAUUUGAAAUCAGUAGUUAUCAAUGAGGAAGCAAAUAUUAAGGCAGAAAAAUAUAAUAUGGACUAUGUUGAAAUAAGUGCAAAAGAAAAUUACCAAGUGGAUUUUUUAUUUGAGGCUUUGGCUUUUCGGCUGCUUGAAAGAGGAGCAAAGCUGCAAAGUGAUGAGUCGUUAAAAUUGGCAUCAAGAGAAAAAAGAUUUUAUAGAGACUGCUGCUAA